GUUCGUGUCCCCGCGCCUGCGCCUGCGCAGAGAGGCCCGCCCCGCCCCGGGGCUAUGAAAGGCGCGGGGCGUGCGCUCCCGGGCCUGCACUCGGCGUCCCUCCGCGCAGGCGGGCGGCCCCGGGGAGCUCGUGCCUGCGCAGGCGGCGACAGCGGCGCCCCCUCCUCAUCAUGAACAGAGGCUUCUCCCGAAAGAGCCACACGUUCCUGCCUAAGAUCUUCUUCCGCAAAAUGUCAUCGGGAGCCAAGGACAAGCCUGAGCUGCAGUUCCCCUUCCUGCAGGACGAGGAGACGGUGGCCACGCUGCAGGAAUGCAAGACGCUGUUCAUUCUGCGCGGCCUGCCGGGCAGUGGGAAAUCCACGCUGGCCCGGCUCAUCGUGGACCGCUACCACGACGGCACCAAGAUGGUGUCUGCCGACGCUUACAAGAUCACCCCCGGCUCCCGGGGGGACUUCUCCGAGCAGUACAAGCAGCUGGAUGAGGACCUGGCUGCCUGUUGCCGCCGGCAUACCCGGGUCCUGGUGCUGGACGACACCAACCAUGAGCGCGAGCGGCUGGAGCAGCUCUUUGAAAUGGCCGAUCAGUACCAGUACCAGGUGGUGCUGGUGGAGCCCAAGACGGCGUGGCGGCUGGACUGUGCCCAGCUCAAGGAGAAGAACCAGUGGCAGCUGUCAGCCGACGACCUGAAGAAGCUGAAACCGGGGCUGGAGAAGGACUUCCUGCCACUCUACUUCGGCUGGUUCCUGACCAAGAAGAGCUCCGAGGCCCUCCGCAAGGUGGGCCAGGCCUUCCUGUCCGAGCUGGGGAACCACAAGGCCUUCAAGAAGGAGCUUCGGCACUUCAUUUCUGGGGACGAGCCCAGGGAGAAGCUCGAUUUGGUCACCUACUUUGGGAAGAGACCCCCGGGUGUCCUGCACUGCACGACCAAGUUCUGCGACUAUGGGAAGGCCACCGGGGCCGACGAGUAUGCCCAGCUGGACGUGGUGAAGAAGUCUUACUGCAAGGCCUUCACGCUGACCAUCUCGGCACUCUUCGUGACCCCCAAGACCACCGGAGCCCGGGUGGAGCUGAGUGAGCAGGAGCUGCUGUUGUGGCCAAGUGACGUGGACAAGCUGGCCCCCACAGACAGCCUGCCGCGGGGCAGCCGGGCUCACAUCACGCUGGGCUGCGCGGGCGACUGGGAGGCCGUGCAGACGGGCAUCGACCUCCUGGAGAUCGUGCGGCAGGAGAAGGGGGGAAGCAAGGGCGAGGAGGUGGGCGAGCUGGCCCGGGGCAAGCUCUACUCCCUGGGCAACGGGCGCUGGAUGCUGAACCUGGCCAAGAAGAUGGAGGUCAGGGCCAUCUUCACGGGCUACUACGGCAAAGGCAAGCCCGUGCCCACCCAUGGCGGCCAGAGGGGGCACGCCGUGCUGUCUUGCGCCAUCCUCUGAGCGGGCACCCCAGCCCCUCACUCUGUGAGCGGGGAUGGGGCCCUGUUCGAGCUUGGUUUUCAGAUUCUUUUUGUUACUCCGAGUUAACCUUCCGGUAAUGUUAGACACAAGGCCCCCUCCUCUAACCCUCCAGCUGUCCGCACAGCGGGGUGGGCAGAUGCCCUCCAGGGACCUCGGCCCACGCUGAUGAGGUCAGACUGAGCCGGGCCUGGUGCCACAGCCGCCACUGAGUCCUGCUCCAGUUCUUGGAGCCCCCCCCCGUCCUGCCCCACCGCCACCCUGUGCCUGCCUGUCCCCCACUCUGGUCAGAGCCGCAGGGCCCCACAUGGUGGUUUCCACGGCCAUGGAGAACAGUGGUGGGGCUGAGGGGAGGGUCCCUGGGCUCUCGCCUGUUUCCUAAGCAGCCUGUCCCGGCCACUUCCUGGCUCCCCCACGCUCUCCCUCCCGCAGUGUGUGCGGCUGGGGACAUGGAGGCGAGACGUGACCUCGGGGGGGAAGCUCCGGCCUUGCUACCCGCCCAGCCAUCUGUCUCCUUGGUGCCUCCUACAAAGGCUGAUGGCGCGGACUCCUGGCUGUCGAGGCCCAAGCCUAACCAGAUGCCUCUGGGAAGGGGACUAACACUGCUACGUGUGCUGUGGUCUCUGGGGUGCUGCCCCCCCUGCCACCUCUCUGCUCGGUUAACAGGGCCUUGCUAAUCAGGAUGUCACCCGACAAAAGUGGUUGGGACUUAUGAUACUGUGGUGGCUCUGCCCAGCCUCAGUGACCUGUAAGACUGCUAAUGAAUAAACCACGUUAAUCCCG